AUGGCAGGACAGCUGAGAGGCUAUUGGUGCUCCACCACAAACAACUUCGAUCGUGACGGGCAGUGGAUGUGGUGUAACGGGCCCUUAACCGUUGGCGCAGUUGCGUGCUACUACCCUUUCUUAUAUAAGGGGGUUCUGACCUAUGAAUGUGUUCCGAGUACAACAGGGGACAAUUGGUGUGCUACUACUUCAGAUUAUGACAAGGACCUCAAAGCGAUCUACUGCCUAAUAGUUGAUUUUCAAACCAAAGUCGUGGCCUCACUUUCAAUGGACCUCAGCAGCAGUGUACUGGAAUCAACCUCUGUGGCCUCUGUACGAACAUUCUACACAUCUCCUGUGACAGAGACCACGCUCUCAGUUCACACCACGACUUCUAUGACAGACUCAAUGUCCACGGUGUCUGUUACACAGACAUCACCCAUUGUAACAUCACAGUAUAUGGCAACAUCAACAAACUCCCUGACAAAACUGGGCUCCACUGAGGCUCCAACGUAUAACUCCACGAUACCAGGACCAGUUACCACUAAAACGCUGACAUACAGCUCCACGUUACCCAGUUCCACUGAGGCUCCAACGUAUAACUCUACGGUACCCGGACCAGUUACCACUAAAAUGCUGACAUACAGUUCCAUGUUACCCAGAUUUUCUACAGAAUAUCCUGCGUUGACCUCGACAGAAUAUCCAACUCUGAUUUCAGCAGAAUAUUCUGGAUCCCCUGAUUCGAUUUCAAUGGAAUUCCCCUCUAACUCCUCCAACAUCCAGCAGUUAGAAGAAUGGUUAAGAGUUUCUUUCUGGAAUCAGUCAAUAAAUGUUGGACUGGAAACCAUCCUUCGUCUGCAACAAUAUACGUCUUCUGUCAGUUCUUUUCAGCUAAAUAAGGAUGAAGUUCCGUUAAUUUUAGACAUUUUGGGAAAUGUAACGCAAAAUGCUUACCAGUCAAACCAACACUUCAGUGUGGCCACAGUAUUGGACAUACUGCACAUUGCUAACCAUCUUCUCAAUGAAUCAUCCUGGAAGCCAGCUGCCAGUACAAAUACUGCUCUUGGACCACAGAUGCUGCAGUGCUUUGAGAGUAUUUUGGCUGGGAUGGAAGCCACCAACCAGUCUUUCAAUGUUUCCUUGGAAAACAUAGACUUUCAAUAUAAAGCUAUGUCUUGUAGCAGCUUGCUGAAUCAGACUAAUGUGGAGAUUGGCUUGAAUGUCAACAUUUCAUUAAGUCGUGAAGACAAUGAAACUGAUUUCAACCCUUCAUGUAUGGCAAAUAUAAUGUCAUUGUCCUACAAAUCUCUCAGUAAUGACUUUCCAAAUGAUUAUGAAAACCAUAAAGAUCCGAGCUUAUUCUACAAAGUGAACAGUCGAAUUCUGACAAAUACAAUGUUUCUUGAUCAUAAGAACUACCAUUCAGCGAAUGUUAUUAUGAGUUUCCCUUGUAAUACCAAAGAAUGCCACUCCACUGCCAUAUGUGUAUUCUGGAAUUUCACCCUCGGCAAAUGGUCAUCUGAAGGAUGCACAACUAAGACAGAUGAUGAAGUUGCUAAUUGUCUUUGCAAUCAUCUGACUUCUUUCUCUGUGUUAAUAUCAAACAUCCUACCGCAAGGACAUUUAGACAUUUCCAUCCUUGACUACAUCACAAACAUUGGUCUAAUUAUCUCCAUAGCGUCACUUAUUGUGUGCAUUUCUUUACAAAUGUAUCUUAUGAAAAGUACCGUAAACCUUGUGGCUUACUACCGACACUUGGCCAUACUAAACGUGUCUUCGUUCCUCCUGUUAAGUAAUGUCUCAUUUCUGGGAGCCAGUUAUAUCAAACCACCACAAUUUCUGAGGCUUUGUGUAGCUCUGACGUUCUGCACCCACUUCUCUCUUUUGGCUUUCUUCUGCUGGACCUUGGUACAGAGCUUUUUUCUGUUCUGCCGUUUAGUCUUUGUGUUUCACCACAUAACGAAGAAAGAAUUCAUGACCCUUUCCACAGUGCUGGGAUAUGUUUGCCCGAUGCUGAUUGCAGUUGGCACUUUCCUAUACUACACUCCUACGGACAACUACCGGAGGGAUAAUGUAUGCUGGUUGCAAACUGAAUCAGGGGCUUCUCUGACAUUUACCGUCCCAACAAUAAUAAUUAUAUCUCUAAAUUUCCUGGUACUCUUGGUAGUAAUCAAAAAACUUCUCAGACCGUCCAUUUCUGAGGGAAGCCGUGAGGAUGAGGAGGUUGUGAAGAAGCUGGUGAAAGCAGUCGUCUUUUGCACACCUCAGUUCGGGUUGACCUGGGCCAUUGGAAUUCCACUGCUUACAAAUGGACAAUCAAUGUUUUUACAAUAUCUAUUUGUACUGCUCAAUCCUCUCCAGGGUUUUUUCAUCUUUAUUUUUGGUUGCCUCUUGGAUAAAAAGGUGUUAGAUCUUGUGAAGAAGCGAUUGUCUAAAAACCAGGGUUUCAGCAGCACGGCUACAACUCUCAGCACAUAUUAAAAACCCUGGACUCCAAGAAUCUGAAACAGGUGUCAUGGAGCAUCUAUAUGUCUGCAAAAUGCACAGUUACCGAGAGGCUAUCCAGGGAUUCAGUCAGUGAGAGGAAUGAACUGGAAUUCCAAACAGAAUUCAGAAAUAUAAGGAGCUUACCCAUGUCCCCCAAUAAAUGUUAUCAUAUCCUCAAGCACUUCGCGAAAGGAGCGUUUAUCAUUUCAUUUCAGAGAUUACCAAAUUUGUGAAAACACCAAAGCAUUCAAGAAUUC